ACAAUCAUUAUUAAAAAGAUCAUCAUCAUCAUUAUCAUCAAAUAGUAGUAGUAGUUUAACAACAGCAAAAUCUGAUUUAACAAGAGAAAAUUCUUUGGAAAAACCACCACAACCAGAUCCUGAACGUUUUCUAUCAACCGGUUUAUUAGUAUGGAGUCAUCGUUUUUCUGAUUUAUCAUCAUCAUUAAAAAUGGUUGAUAAUUAUUUAGUUAAAUAUGAUCCUGAAACGGAUUUAAUAUUUGAUGGUGAAUUAAUAUUACCGGCUGAUUUUUGUGAUUUUAUUUUUCCAAUAUUAAUUGGUUAUCCAAAUGAAUUACCAAUUGAUCCACAAUGGAUUAAGAAAAACAUCAAUCGUUUAAUGAAUCCAGGUUGUUAUUUGAUUUGUGCACGUUCACAAUCAACAAAUUGUUGGUCAUCAUCUGAAACAUCAAUACGAUUAGGUGUUUAUCGUACAGAAUUAACAACAAAUUUAACAAGAUUGGAUGCAAAUUUAUUAUUUGUUAUGCAAUCAGCAUGUAAAAAUGAUAUAAAUUUAAAUGUAACACAAUAUGUUGAUUUUAUUGAUGAUCUUGAUUCUGUACGUGAUCAUUUUUUUCCACAUCGUUUAUCACAAAAUAUGGCACAGGUUAUGGCACGUAGUUCACAAUCAACAAAUCGUAUGGCUAUACGUGCACGUACACAUUUACAAAAAUUAGUUGAUGUACUUGGUCGUGAACCAAGUGAAGAAUCAUUACAAAAUCGUUCAUCAUCAUUAGAAGAUAAUAAUGUUCGUAAUAACAAUAAUAAUAAUCAGAAUAAUAAAAUUAGACGAAUGUUAAAAAGACAUGAAGAUCUUGUACAAAUUUAUGUUGAAAAAUUAUUACCACAAUUAUAUAAAGUAAAAGAAACAUUUGUAACGGAAAAACCAAAAGAUGAUCGAAAUUUUUAUUCUGAACGUUUUAAUUUUUUCCUAAGUAAAGAUUCAUUUGCAAUAAUAUUGGAUCAAAAUUGUGCAUUUGAUCGUUUGCAACGGAAAAUUUUACGUGAAUCAGAGGAAAAACCCGGGCCAUUUGUUCGUUUAAUACGAUCAGGUGCAUAUGUUGCCAUUGAAGGUACACCACGUUAUUGUAAUCUUAAAAAUGCACAUCAUACAUUCUAUACAAGAUCAAUAUUUCUUUGCCGUUUAACAUCAUUUCCAAUGGUCAUACUACAAGAAGGUGUUAAAUGUUUUGAUGCAUAUUAUAAUAAUGAUGGUUUGGAUUUUACAUAUUUUGAUUCAUUACCAAUAAAUGAUUUAUUAUAUAUUGAUUGGUAUCAAAUACAAAUCGAUUUAAAAAUGGAUUCCGAACCAAGAAUAUUUAAAGGUCAUGUUAUGUUUUGGAAUGAAAUGAAUGAUAUAUUACCAACAUUACCAUUUACACAGAUGAAAUUUGAUCCAGAUAUGGCAGCAAAAAUACAAAUGCUUUGUAUGGAAGAAGAAGAAUCUCGUCCAUAUCGUCCAUUAAUUAUAUUUACAUUACAACAAGUUUUAUAUACAUAUUAUGAUCCAUUACGUGCACGUUUAGAAAUAUUAUGGAAUCUUUAUUUUCGUAUUGAUGAUAGUGAUAUUGAUCGUUUAUCGGCUGUACGUAAAUUAGAUAUAUUUGCAAAUGGUGUUUAUUUUUAUAUGAAAUCAUUUAAUUGUACAUAUUUAUGGACACAAAAAAAUGCCGAUACAAUGGUACAAGAAGAUCGUAAUUGUGAAAUUACUGUUAGUUCAGUGGAUGUUACCGAUAUGGAUUUAGCUAAAAUUGGUUGGUCACAUCAAAUGUUUGAACAAUUUCUUAAUCUUUAUCUUGGCCGAUUAUAUCCAUAUCAAAAUUCAAUUAAACAAUGGUUAUUGGAAGAAACACGUCGUGUAAAAAGGCAAUUAAUUGUUCGGCCAACAACAUUAACUGAUAAAUUAUUAUAUAGAAAUGGUUUUUAUCAAACAAAAAUUGAACAAUUUCAAAAAGAACAGGCACAAAAACCAAGAAAAUCUAUAUUGAAUAUGCCUGAAACAAUGACAAUUAAAUCAUUAUUAAAAAAUAGAUCAAAAAUAUUGAGAAAAAAAAUUGCAUUACCAUUAAAAAAACAAUCAAAAUUAAUGACAAAAAUGGUGGAAACAU